GCUUUUACCUGUGUGCGCGUAAUGCGCACCCUUGAAAAGCUCCGAGAUAGGGGUCUUCUCUCUAUUGAUGCUUGAAACAAACAGCGCUCUCUCUCUCUCUCUCUCUCUCUCACCAAAACCCUAAAACUGCAUCGAAUUCCCAUUUCUUCCAAUCCGAUUCUGAUCUAGAAAUACCCGAUCGAUUCUAGACCGAUUCCGAUCUGUUCCGCCUCGAAUCCGAUCCAUCCGUCGGAAUCCCGACGUGAGGUCCGCAUCGGUACGGAUCCAUUGAUCCGACAGUCCGCGGAUGGAAAGAUCGACGAACGGAUCCCCAACAGCGUGAGGUAGAAAGAUGCCCGGCCUUCCGCAGAAAAAUGCUCAAUCCGUCGGAUCGGUCUCGGCCAAUGGAAUCUGGUCUAAGCACUGUGGCGAGGUUACAUCCGAUCAGCUCCAAAAGCACCUCUAUGGUAAAACAGGAUUUUAGAUAGUUCUGGAGUGAGCUGCCACCUCACACCCGGCGGGAACUCCUGAGGAUUGAUAAGCAAACACUCUUUGAGCAAGCUCGUAAGAACCUGUACUGUUCGAGAUGCAAUGGGUUGCUGCUUGAAGGCUUUUCACAGAUUGUCAUGUAUGGGAAGUCUUUACAGCAGGAAGGAGGGGGUGGGUACCUCACUAGCAAGCUGGGAACCUCAAAAGAUGAUGAAUCGGUGGUAGUCUCUUGCAGUGGUCAAGAUGAUGUCCAAGACCCAUCUGUCCAUCCUUGGGGAGGUCUGGCAACAACUAAAGAUGGGAUACUGACACUUUUAGAUUGCUUUCUAGAUGGAAAGUCUCUUGGGGCGCUCCAAAAUGUUUUUGACAGUGCACGUGCGAGGGAACGGGAACGCGAGUUGCUUUACCCUGAUGCAUGCGGUGGGGGUGGUCGGGGUUGGAUAAGCCAAGGAAUUGCGAAUUAUGGCAGAGUGCAUGGAACCAGAGAAACAUGUGCUUUACACACAGCUAGGCUUUCUUGUGACACGCUGGUGGAUUUCUGGUCAGCACUGGGUGAUGAAACAAGGCACUCUCUACUACGAAUGAAAGAGGAGGAUUUUAUUGAGAGGCUCAUGUAUAGGUUUGACAGCAAGAGGUUUUGCAGAGAUUGCAGAAGGAAUGUUAUUCGUGAGUUCAAGGAGCUGAAGGAACUGAAGCGCAUGCGAAGGGAACCUCGCUGCACCAAUUGGUUUUGUGUUGCAGACACAGCCUUUCAGUAUGAAGUAUCAGAAGACACGGUUCAAGCUGAUUGGCACCAAUCCUUCACAGAUGUGGUUGGAACGUAUCAUCACUUUGAAUGGGCUGUUGGAACCGGAGAAGGAAAAUCUGACAUUUUGGAGUUUGAAGAUGUUGGUACAAAUGGAAGUGUUCAAGUGAAUGGCCUCGAUCUUGGCGGCUUGACCGCAUGCUUUAUUACAUUGAGGGCUUGGAGGCUAGAUGGUCGCUGCACCGAACUUACGGUAAAAGCCCACGCAUUGAAGGGCCAACCGUGUGUACAUCGCAGGCUUAUAGUGGGGGAUGGGUUCGUUACUAUAACAAAGGGAGAAAGUAUCAGAAGUUUCUUUGAGCAUGCUGAAGAAGCCGAGGAAGAAGAGGAUGAUGAUUCCAUGGACAAGGAUGGAAAUGAGCUGGAUGGAGAUGGUUCCCGCCCGCAAAAACAUGCAAAGAGUCCUGAACUUGCUCGAGAAUUUCUUCUAGAUGCUGCCACUGUUAUUUUCAAAGAGCAGGUAGAAAAGGCUUUCAGAGAAGGAACAGCACGGCAAAAUGCACAUAGCAUAUUUGUUUGCCUUGCCUUAAAAUUGCUGGAGGAGCGUGUUCAUGUUGCAUGCAAAGAAAUCAUCACAUUAGAAAAGCAGAUGAAGCUUCUUGAAGAAGAGGAGAAAGAGAAGCGUGAAGAAGAAGAGCGUAAGGAGAGGAGGAGAACAAAGGAAAGAGAAAAGAAACUCAGAAGAAAAGAGAGACUAAAAGGAAAAGAAAGGGAGAGAGAAAAACAAUGUGUUGACGAACACAAGCAACCUCCCAUUGCUUCACUGGUGCCUGCAAAAGAAUCAUCCUUUAGUGUCCAUGAUGAGUCACAUAACAAUUCCAGCUCUGGGGAUUCAAUUAGUGAAACAGGAGAUAAUAUUCUAUCCAGCCCACUUUCUUCUGAUAUUACAGAUGAACAGUCCUCAAAUGGGAUUGUUGACGGAGAGCUCAGCAUAACAGAUAGCAAUGGUUCUUUUACAAUUGAGCAAUCAAAAUCUUCCAGACGGAAAUUUAGAUUCAAGAAAGAUGUUCUGCUAGAUCAAGCUUCCAGGUGGUGUGAGAGACGGCAGCCGAUUUCGGUUAACGAGUGUGCUGUUCCGUUUGAUGAAACUGACCAAAAGCUACAUGGUGACAUGUCAAUAUUGUACAGGUGCAUCAAUGGGCCCCACAGGCUGUCAAGAAACAAUGGCAUAAAGCCCAAUGCCAGAAAUUGCGGGUCAAAGUUCGGGGAGAAGUUCCACUGCUCCAGCAACAGAAUGCGUGAUAGACACGAUUUCCAUUCCUGCAGGUGUAACCUACAUACUGAUUACAGAUCAAAGAGUGGGCAACCUGUCCCUCAGAUCAGAUCAGUUAGGGAUUUUAAAACUGGGAAUAAGGCAGAAUCUGCAUUAGAUAUAUCCAGGCCAUUCUAUCAUGGAAGCAGGUACAACAAUGGAUGCUAUGCAUCGGAUAGUUGUGGAGUUCCUAAAGGCAAGCUUGCCACAAGCAACAUUCCUCUGAGUAGAGGAGAUGCUGCUCAUACCAAGAAAAUCUGGGAACCAAUGGACUCGAAGAAAAGAUAUCCUAGAAGCAACUCGGACCCAGAUGUUACCUUACGUUCUUCAUCUUACAAAGCUGAUGCUUAUGAGGGAGUUGUAUGCAAUGGAAAUGAGAAUGGGUGCCGACAACCCAAUGACACAUUCAAGUCAUUUGAUGAGAAGUGUUCAUCUGAAUUUUCUAGUAAUCAUGAAGAUGGUAGGAAGAAAGCAUGCAACUCUACUCCCGGCAUGCAAAAUGGCUGCGAGAAUGGAUUCAGCUUCUUGGGACCAAAAUCUUCAUGCUCAAAAAAUGCAGCAGAUGAUGAAGUUGAAAUGAGUUCUGUCAUCUCUACCUUUCCCUUUACUACUGCUUCCGAUCCAUUAAUGACCACUUCCAGUUCAGAUAACUGCUCAUCUUGGCUUAGCGAGGGUGACAGCAGUAUUGGCUCUUCAGGUGCUCAAAAUGCAGAAUCUUCAUCGACAUCUGAUUCAGAAGAUGCAAGCCAGCAAUCGGAAGGUAGAGAAAUUUCAACGUGUGGCGAAAGCACAUUUCACAAUUGCCUGGAUGUUGGGGCAGAUGGGAAAUAUAAGACAAGUGGGCCAGAGUCUUUUUCAAGUGGGAUGGUCACUGACCAGCUAACAAAAAGUGCCUAUAAUUCUGAGAACAGCAGAAUCUCAGUGGAUGCGUGUUCUGAGCAACAGAACAUCCCACCAGUGCACAACGAAAGUAUGCAUUUGCCAAUUUUUCCCACGCAUUCAACAGUGGGCUACUUUCAUCAAUGUGCUGCUUCAUGGGCAGCAGCUCCUACCAAUGGUUUGGUGCCGUUUCAUCAGCCCAAUCGCUACAUAUACCAUGGACCACUCGGUUAUGGUGUACCAUCAAACCCAUCAUCAACCUUCUGCAUGCAAUAUGGCACUCUGCAACCUUUAACAGCUCCCAUGCUCAACGUGGGUCAGGUUUCAUCGUAUCAGAUGGCUAACAAAGCCAGCAUUGUGAACUCAAAAGACCAUACCCAGAAUUCUAAAUGUGGUGGAGCGCAAGAAUCCAAUGGUGUUGAUUCAGUAGUCACUGAUCAUUCUCUUGAGAGACCGUUUUCCAAUAGAUGGCCGCCACAGAAAGCCCCACCGCCUGGACAAGAUGGCGGUGGCAGGAACCCUGCAAGAUCCAAUAAUGAGAGCCCAACCUUUUCGUUGUUCCAUUUUGGUGGUCCUGUGGCAGUGGCUGCAGGAUACAAUUCAAAAGCAGUGUCCUUGAAAGAUGAAGUUAUUGGAGAUCUUUCUUUGAAAUCAUCGGUGUCUCCUGUUCAGUCCACCGUUGCAUGCACUAAAAAGGACACAACUAUUGAAGAAUACAGCUUGUUCUCUGCGAGCAAUGGAGCUCGGUUUUCAUUCUUCUGAUAAUGCUACUAAAGGGUGCAUAAGGAGGCUGCUGGAGAGUUCAGUUCAGUCCCAUUCUCUGAGCAAGUUAUGAAAGUCCUAGUGCUUGUUUUUCGGUAAAAAUUUUCUUUUCUGAGAAUUUCAAUUCAGCAUAUGAUUUACCUCCUGUUAUUGUCAUUCCAUUUGUUUUUCCCCUUCUGAUUGUAGAGAAUGAAAAAUUGCGAGAGUGGUAUAAUGUUUGAAGUUUUUCCUGUAUGAGGUAAAAUUUUCAUUAGCGA